GGACUAUGAAGUAGACAAAGCGACUCUUAGAACAACUUGUGAUCAAGCAGGAAUACUCGCAUGACCAAGUAAAAUAGUAAGAAAUCCGACGGAACACUUUAAACAUAUUAUUUGUAACUUUUUCAUCUGAGUUUUACCUUUCGGGACCCAUUUUACUUCAAGACUACUUGACUAAAGAAGCACCUCGAAGUUCCAUACAAAUAGGAACCACCGACUACCAAGGCGUUCUUUUGCCUUUUCCGCGGCAUAUGUAUUUGGAUUUGCCUUUUUCUGCCCACAAUCCUACUACUAUGGUAAUUAUGGAAGUGCCUAGCAUUGACGCCUCGUCCCUCCGCGGGCUGCUGGAUGGGGACGACCCGGGAUGCCUGGUCCUAGACUGCCGCUCAUUCUUCUCCUUCAACUCCUGUCAUAUAUCUGGUUCCACCAACGUACGCUUCAGUACUAUAGUACGACGGAGGGCACGAGGGGGCCUGGGGGUAGAGCACAUCGUGCCCAACGAGGACACACGACACCGGCUCCUCUCCGGAGAGUAUCAAUCGGUUGUGUUUCUGGAUGAUCGGAGUUUGGACUUUGGUCAAGUGAAAAAAGACGGAACUUUAAUGCUCGCUGUGACUGCUCUGUGUCGAGACCCAUGCGGGGCCAGUGUAUUCUUCCUCAAAGGUGGUUUUGAUACAUUCUCGUCUGAGUAUCCAGAGAUGUGCUCCAAGCCAUCGGCUCCGCAGGGACUCAGUCUACCGCUCAGCGCACAGCCGGACAGCGCGGAACCCGGGUGCAGUCCGUGCAGUACACCGCUAUAUGACCAGGGUGGUCCGGUGGAGAUUCUCCCCUUCCUCUACCUGGGCAGUGCCUACCAUGCAUCCCGUAAGGACAUGUUAGACAUGCUGGGAAUCACUGCCCUCAUCAACGUAUCAGCUAACUGCCCCAACCACUUUGAAGGCUCCUUCCAGUACAAGAGCAUCCCCGUUGAAGACAACUAUAAAGCUGACAUCUCCUCCUGGUUCAACGAAGCCAUUGAGUUCAUUGACUCUGUUCGCAAUAAGGGCGGACGUGUGUUCGUCCACUGCCAAGCGGGCAUCUCCCGCUCAGCCACUAUCUGUCUAGCCUACUUGAUGAGGACGAACCGCGUGAAGCUGGACGAAGCCUUCGAGUUCGUCAAGCAGCGCCGCAGCAUCAUCAGUCCCAACUUUAGCUUCAUGGGCCAGCUGCUGCAGUUUGAGUCUCAGGUCCUGUCCAACACCUCUUGUUCGUCUGAGGCCGGGAGCCCUGCCCUGGGGAAGAGUAGCACGGUAUUCAACUUCCCGGUGUCCAUCCCGGUCCACAGCUCGGUGGGACAUGGCCAGCUGUCCUUCCUCCAUAGCCCCAUCACCACCUCGCCCAGCUGCUGAGGAAACGACAUCUGGAUUGACCUGGCACAGAGGACGGGCAAGAGUCAUUGAGACUGUGCAGCCGCAACGCUAUUUGUGACAGGGUUAUCAGUGUGAUUUGUUUCCGUCAGCGUCACUGCAUUGCAGAUAAAUUGACAUUGAGCUGUUGAACUGACGGACGGUCACCCUUCCUGAGGGAAAGGCCAUGAGGAGGUGAUCACCCGGCAUCACUGGACAACAGGGCAAACUUUUGGAGGGAUAAACCAAGUGGCCCAGUUUGUGGGGCUAAACCAUGUGGCCUUGAAAUGGGACAUUGUAUUCUGGCUACCUACCGAAAGCAGUGUUGUUAUCCUAAUGGCGUCUGUAGAAGGUGAAUGACCUACACACUCAUCUACCUUACGAUGUUCUGGUCUUUUAGAAGAAGAAAAAAAUCGUAGUCCACUGAGCAGGCUAAUGGUGACCAGCGAGGAAAAUCCUUAGAAGGGAUGCGGGAUGUGUAAUUGGAAGAGUAGAAAGUCUAUUGAAAAAACAUUUUCAUAAAUUAACCUAACGAUUGGUCAGCUUUUGAUAAUCACAGGACCUUUUUUGACCUGGGACAACUCUUAACAAAUGGUUGGGGUCUCAGUUGGUCACUCAUACACGGUCUUCAUAUUUAUUGCUUCCAGCUAGUCUCAGGAAUCAUGUAUUAUUCUGAACGCGCCUCCCUUUAGUUUGAACAGUGAAAUGUUGUCUCCCUGAGGGAGUCACGGUAAAACCUUGCAAAAUGACACAUAAUUUUUGUUGAUGAACAAUGAAUGUAUCUCUAAUCUCCAGCCAAUCAGUCAACACAGAUUAGAGACCGCCAGAAGGUUUAGUUUAAAGUGGAUGGGGAAGUUCUAUUCAAAUGCAAAUUGCUGCCUUUUAUAAAACGCCACAACACUCUGGUGAUCCUGAGAAUAUUGGGGGACAUAACCAACCAUUCAGAUACCUCUGUAAUACCAACAUGCCUCUAAACUGUUAGCAGCCUUUAGCUAACGCUAGCUCUGAUAGCAUCAUGUACUGUUAAGGUUAGUAUCAUGUACCGUUAGCAGCUAGCUCGGUUAGCAUCAUGCUAGCUGUUAGCAGAUCUGGGAGAAAGUCAUAAACCCUAAAGCACUAAUGGGGAACUAAAUCACCAGAAACUGCUGUUUUUUGUCUGGUUACAUAUUUGAUAUUUAUUUAAGUAAAGUAAUAUAUUUUAUAUCAUAUAAUGUAUAUUUUUGCAUAUGUUUGUCGUAUGUUGCUUUUGAUACUAUUCAAUAAAUUGUAUUUGUUUUUUCUA